GGAUAUUAUGAAUGCGGGUCCGGGGAGAGAGCGGAUAUAAGUGAAUGCAGGGUCUGGGGAUCGCGAUAUAGUGAAUGCGGGGUCCGGGGAGAUCCGGAGUAUAGAGAUGCAGGGUCCGGGGAGAGCAGAUAUAGUGAAUGCGGGGUCCGGGGAGAGCAGAUAUAGUGAAUGCGGGGUCCGGGGAGAGCAAGAUAUAGUGAAUGCGGGGUCCGGGGAGAGCAGAUAUAGUGAAUGCGGGGUCCAGGUAGACCAGAUAUAGUGAAUGGCGGGUCCGGGGAGAGCGAUAUAGUGAAUGCGGGCGUCCGGGGAGAGCGGAUAUAGUGAAUGCGGGGUCCGGGGAGAGCGAUAUAGUGUGAUGCGGGGUCCGGGGAGAGCGGAUAUAGUGAAUGCGGGGUCCGGGGAGAGCGGAUAUAGUGUAAUGCGGGGUCUGUGGGAGAGAGGAUAUAGUGAAUGCAGGGUCCGGGAGGAGACGGAUAUAGUGAAUGCAGGGUCGGGAGAGAGCGGAUAUAGUGAAUGCGGGGUCUGGGGAGAGAACGGAUCUAGUGAAUGCGGGGUCCGGGGGAGAGCGUUAUGAAUAGUGAAUGCGGUGUCCGGGGAGACCAGAUAUAAGUGAAUGCGGGGUCCUGGGAGAGAGGAUAUAGUGAAUGCGGGGU